AUGAGAAUGCUUCUGCUUUUGACUUUCCUAGCUCUUGGAGCGGCCAACGCUUGUGCUGUUGCCGUAGAAAGUCCCUUGAGAAGACUGGUGGCAGAGACCUUGACCCUGCUCUCUACUCACCGGACUGUGCUGAUAGGCGAUGGGAACCUGAUGAUUCCUACUCCUGAACAUAAAAAUUACCAGCUAUGCAUUGAAGAAGUUUUUCAGGGGAUAGACACAUUGAGGAAUCAAACUGCUCAAGGGGAUGCUGUGGAAAAACUCUUCCAAAACUUGUCUUCAAUAAAAGAAUACAUAGACCACGAAAAAAAAAAGUGUGAAGGAGAACGAUGGAGAGUAAAAAAAUUCCUAGACUACCUGCAAGUGUUUCUUAGUGUGAUAAACACUGAGUGGACAAUGGAAAGUUGAGACUGAACUGGCUUACUGUAGCAAAAUAUUUUG